GAAUCUUUCCCACGAUCCAAAAUGGAUCCCGAAGAGGAAGCGAGGUUGGACGAGGAAUACCCAAAUCGACCGAAGAAUGAUAAACAUAGUCUCCCGUUUAGGGAGUUGAUCAUGAGUGUGUUUGAGCCGUUGUUGCGGAAUGUGAAGAAGCCCACAGCCGGUGCUGGAAGGGGGAGGGUCGCGGUAAAUCCGGCGGAGGUGAGGAAGAAGAUUAUUCAGACGUUUAUUCAGAGGUGGAGGAAGGGCGUUGGGGCCGAUAUCUAUCCUGCUUUUCGGUUGAUCAUGCCAGACCGCGACAGAAACCGUCUAAUGUACGGCAUAAAAGAAUCCGCCCUCUCCAAAAUCCUCCCAAAAGUCCUCUCCCUCUCCCCCGACUCCGAAGAUGCGCAAUCCCUCCGCGGGUGGAAAGCUAUCCAAGACUCGAAAAGGACUGCGGGUGACUUUGCGGGUCGCUGUUAUGAGGUUAUCUCCAAACGCCCAGCGGUUACCGAGAUGGGUGAUCUCACGAUCGAUCAAGUCAAUAACCUCCUUGACCAGCUCUCGCGUGUGUCCAAAGAGGAUGAACAGAGGGUUAUCAUCACCGAAUUCUACAAGCGAAUGAGUCCGGUGGAGAUGAAGUGGUUAAUCCGGAUCAUUCUGCGACAAAUGAAAAUCGGAGCGACAGAGAAGACAUUUUUCGAUCAAUGGCACCCCGAUGCGGAGAGAUUAUUCAACGUCUGCUCCUCCCUUCGCCGCGUAUGCUGGGAACUCUACGACCCAGGCUUCCGCCUCGAAGGCGACAAAACCGAACUUCAACUCAACCAAUGUUUUCAGCCUCAACUGUGUUCCUUCCAGAAAAGGGAUUUCGCGAGUACGGUGGAGAGUUUGGGAAGGCAGCAUAAGACGUUUUGGAUUGAGGAGAAGUUGGAUGGGGAGAGGAUUCAGAUGCAUUAUGAUCGAGGGAAUUAUAAGUUUUUUUCAAGAAAGGGAAAGGAUUAUACGGAUAUGUAUGGGGCCAGGGCGGAUGAUCCCACCGCGGGGUUCACCAAGCAUCUUGCCGGCGUGUUCUCUGACAACAUCCAAAAUUUAAUCCUUGACGGCGAAAUGGUAACUUGGGACCCUAUCGCCGACCGCAUGGUCGCCUUCGGAACCCUAAAAUCCGCAGCGAAGGACGAACAAGUUCGGGAGACAAGCGAUAACGCCGGUCACCGACCAUUCUACCUCGUAUACGACAUCUUGUACCUAAACGGGAAAUCACUAUGUCUACAAAUUUUAUCUCAGCGCCGCGACAACAUUCUGGGCAAGAUGGUGGAGCAGGGAUACAUGAAGGAGAUCAAGAGGAGAUUUGAGCUGCAUAGGUAUGUGGAGGGAAGGGCGGUGAAGGAUGUCGAGGUGCAGUUUAGGAGGGUGGUUGAGCAGGGGAGUGAGGGGUUGAUCUUGAAGGAUCCGGACAGUAUCUAUAUUCCGAGUUCGAGGAGUGGAAAGUGGGUUAAAAUCAAGCCGGAGUACAUGAAGGAGUUCGGAGAGAACCUUGAUCUCCUUGUUCUUGGGGGAUAUUACGGUGGUGGUCGGCGCGGAGGAACACUGAGUUCCUUCAUGUGCGGACUCCGAAUCGACGACCCAAAUGAACCGGGUGAACCCGUCAUGAAGUUUUGGUCCUUCUGCCGUGUAGGCGGAGGCUUUAGAGCGGAGGACUAUGCAAAGAUAAGGCAUGAAACGGAAGGAGCGUGGCAGAAAUGGGAUACGAGGAAUCCGCCUACGCAUGUGAUGGAGCUUGCAGGGAACCAGACGUUUCAGAGGCCGGAUGAGUGGAUUAUGCCGGAUAAGUCUUUCGUGAUUCAAGUCAAAGCAGCACAGAUCAUCGCGUCAGAUGAAUGGAAAACGGGCCUGUCUCUUCGGUUUCCACGGUUUCAACGGUUUAGGCCUGAUAGGGAUUGGACGAAUGCGCUAAAUUGGGAAGAUUUCUUGGAGCUUAAGAACCAGGCGGCGCAUGAGCAGGAAGAGAGGAAACUGGAGGUCCAAAAAAAGCGCGUGAGAACGUCGAGAAGCAAGCAGGUUUUCACCGUGUAUGGUGCUGAGGGUCACGAUGAAGUGGUGAAGAAUCAGUAUGGAGCGGCGACUUCCGAAAUUUUCAAGGACCUUUCUUUCUAUGUAAUGACUGAAAUGGUCGCACCCAAGAAGGAGUCGAAAGUCGCCCUUGAAGCGCUUCUGAGAGACCAUCUAGCACACAUAUUUCAGUCUGAAAAUGCUAGUCCCGAUGUUAACUGCAUCGCGGACAGGAACCUCGUCAAAGUCGCGGCUCUAGUCAAGCGCGGUAAGCACGACAUCAUCAAGCCAGCAUGGGUUCUGGACAGUAUUGAAGCAGGUUACCCAUUACCUUUGGAACCAAGGUACAUAUAUUUUGCUACGGAACAGACCGUGCGAGAGAUGAAGGAGAAUGUCGACGAAUUUGGAGACUCAUACACCACCGAGAUCAAGGUGGAGGAACUGUCGAAUGUUCUCGAUAAUGUCAAUGUGGAUAUUGACAAGGUGGGGGACCGAGAGGAAAUUAUCAGGGACUUCAUGGAAGAGUAUGGCGAGGAAGAAGUCCUGCCCGGCUGGUUAUUCGCACGAUGUACAGUAUACCUAGAUACCCCCCAACUUGGACAAAAGUAUGGCCUGGCUGAAGCCAGUCAGGACGGAAAGAGGGAAGACGUGAACAGCAGACUAUACCUCGUCUCCACCACGCUCGCCUUCGCUGGAGCACAUAUCUGCACAGACUUCUACGAUAAUGACAUCACGCAUGUCGUUGUCGAUCCAAGUGACAGAUCAAGGUUGCGAAAGCUCCGGGCCCGCUUGGCAUUACGAGACAAACAGCCAAGGGUGGUGAGUGCUGCGUGGGUUGAGGAGUGCUGGAAGGAGAAGACGUUACUGGACGAGGAGGCGUUCGGCGUAUAA